AUGUACCUCGUUCUCUACCACCUAGUCACCCGUCUCCCUGACUCUCUUCGCGCAGUCAGGGACCACUUUCUCGCCCUCUGCCCUACCGAGCUCACCAUUGACCUGCUCGAGAAGCAUCUGCUUGCAGCUGAGGCUAGUAUAGUUGCUGUAGGUGCCUCUCGUGGCGACCCCCGCACGCCCUUCUUCGACGGGUGUUCCCCUUCCCCCCUUCUCCCCUCGGUUGCCUCUGCUGCCGCUGUCGACUUCCUCGGUGCUGAGGACGUCGGGGCUGCGUCUGCUCCUAGCUGGAGGCGCAAGAGCGGCAAGGGCAAGGGGGGCAAGGGUGGCGGCGGUACCAGUGGGGGAGGUGGGGGUGGCGGUGGAGGUGGAGGCGGUGGGGGUGGUGGCGGUGGUGGGGGUGGUGGCGGGGCUGGGGGGGUCAGUGGCAGCGGCGGAGGUGGCAGCGGCGGGGGUGGCAGCGGCGGGGGUGGUGGCGGCAGUGGUGGUGGGGGAGGCCGGGGUGGAGGUGGUGGUGGUGGCGGCAGUGGGCGUGGUGGCGGCGGCUCGGGUGGUGGUCGGGGUGGACCAGCGCAGCGUGGAGGCUCGGGUGGUGCCCAGCGCCAGCAGCAGCGUCUUGGAGAGACCCCGUCGUCCCAGCAGCUUCGUGAGUGGUACUCUCAGCAUGGGGGGUCUGGGGGUGGAGGCACCUGCACGUAUUUCCCGGAGGCCUCUGAGCUGCCCCGCUGGGCUGAUCUGCUUAAAAAGAACAUUGAUGUAUUUGCACUUGACUUUGAUGUUAUUCUUGGAGCCAUGUAUGCAUUGACUAUUAGUGUUGAGGGUGACUGUUACUUGUGUGUGCCACCAGACCCAGGCAUUGCGACCAGUGAGGCUGCCGCUCUAGGUGCUAGUGCGUCCGCUGCCCCAGGUCCUGGUGAGACAACUGCUCUAGGUGCAGGUGUGUCUGCUGCCCCAGGUGCUUGUGAGACUGCGCCUUCAGGUACAGCGUCUACUGCGGCACUGCACACCUUCACCCUGGACUCAGGUGCUUCCCGCUGUUUCUUUCGCGACCGCACUGCCCUCGAGCAGCUUCCUAGACCGGUUGCUGUCUCCCUGGCUGACCCCUCCGGGGGUCCGGUUCUUGCGACCUCCUCCACUGUCCUCCCGUGUCCUGCGGUCCCGUCUGGCACCCUGUCAGGUCUUUACCUCCCCUCGUUCUCUACGAACUUGGUGGCGGGCUCUGCUCUCCAGGAUGGGGGUGUUCACCAGUUCACCCCUGCCUAUGAGCGUGUGACCCACUGUACGUGUGCCCGGACGGGUCGCCACCUUGCUACCUUCACUAGGGAGCCGGGGUCGGACUUGUACACACUAACCACUGAGUCCCCUCAGGUCGCUGCGUCUGCGUCUGCGUCAGGUCAGCUGUCGGCCCCCUGCUUGUGUCGCUCCCUGUCCCACCAGACUGUCCUCUGGCACCACCGCCUUGGUCACCCGUCAGUGCAGCGCCUUCGCGGCAUGCACCGUCGCCUCCUUGUCUCUGGUCUUCCCCGGGUUCUCCCUCCCCUCCCACCCUCGCCUGCGCCUCCCUGUCUUCCCUGUGUCGAGGGGCGGCAGCGCGCCGCUCCUCACUCCUCCGAGUUUCCCCCGACAGAGGCUCCUCUGCAGACACUCCACAUGGACGUGUGGGGCCCCGCCCGCGUCCGUGGACAGGGCGGGGAGCGCUACUUUCUGCUGGUAGUUGACGACUACACGCGUUACACCACGGUCUUCCCCUUGCGCACCAAGGGUGAGGUCCCUGAUGUCUUGAUCCCUUGGAUCCGCACUACCCGUCUCCAGCUGGAGAGGCGCUUUCGCUCGGACCUUCCAGUCCUGCGACUGCACUCUGAUAGAGGUGGUGAGUUUUCCUCCGACCUCUUGAGAGCCUUCUGUCAGGGGGAGGGCAUUGAGCAGACGUUCACGCUUCCGGCCUCUCCGCAGCAGAAUGGGGUUGCUGAGCGCCGCAUUGGCCUGGUCAUGGAGGUCGCUCGUACCUCCUUGGUCCAUGCGGCUGCCCCCCACUUUCUGUGGCCGUUUGCGGUACGGUACGCCGCGCAUCAGCUCAACCUCUGGCCCCGUGUCUCUGACCCGGACACCUCGCUGACACUGCGUUGGACGGGAGAGGUUGGCGAUGCGUCGGUGUUUCGAGUCUGGGGAUCUCGUGCCUUUGUCCGCGAUGCGUCCGCGGACAAGCUCUCCUCCCGUACCCUCCCCUGUGUCUUCCUUGGCUUUGUCCCUGACGCGUCUGGCUGGCAGUUUUACCACCCUGCCUCGCGCCGUGUCUUCCCUUCUCAGGACGUCACGUUUGACGAGUCGGUCCCCUUCUACCGUCUCUUCCCCUACCGCACUGCCCCGCUCCCCCCUCCGCCGCUCUUCCUCACUCCAGGUGCUGCUGUGGUAGACCCCCUGCCUCCCCAGGGUCCUGCAACCUCAGGUGUUUCCCAGGUAGACCCGGUCGAGCCUGUCGAGGUAGCUGUCGACUCUGGUCCUGCGCGAGGUACUGAGCCUGAGCGUGCCGAGCCUGGUGGUGCUGGGUCUGGUGGUACCGAGACUGGGGGUGCUGAGCCUGGGGGUGUGGAGACUGGGGGUGCUGAGCCUGGGGGUGCUGCCGCUGGGGGUGCUGGGCCUGAGGGUGCUGACACUGGGGGUGCUGCGCCUGGGGGUGCUGACACUGGGGGUACUGAGCCUGGGGGUGCUGUGCCUGGGGUUACUGAGCCUGGGGGUGCUGCGCCUAGAGGCACUCUUUCUUCCUUGGAGCUGCGUGAGUGGUACUCUCGGUACUGCCGCCGCCACAGUGGUACUGUGGGAGCUGGGAGUACUGUUGACACUGGAGCUGAGGGCGCUGGAGCUCCUGGUGCUGGUGUGGCUGCCGACCCUGGGGUUGGCGCUGGAGGUGCUGGAGCUGCUGGGCCUGGAGGUGCUGCUGGAGCUACUGGAGGAGCGAGUGCUGCUGGAGCUGGAGGUGCAGGUGCUGACGGUGCUGCUAGAGCUGGUGCUGAGUCUGGGGGUGUUGCUGCUGGGGACACUUCGACAGGAGACCCUGGGACUACAGGUGCCGGCUCUGGGGGUGCUCCUGCUAGUGACGCUGGUCCUGGAGUCUGA